UCCCCCUCCCCCAGCCACGGCGCCAACCCCUGGGCCAAGGUCGCCGGCUCCAAGUUCACCCGGGACUUCAUCCUCAUCUCCGAGUUCUCGGAGCAAGUGGGGCCCCAGCCCCUCCUGACCAUCCCCGAUGACGCCAAAGUGUCGGGCACUUUCGAUCUCAAUUAUUUUUCCCUUCGGAUCAUGUCUGUGGAUUACCAGGCUUCCUUCGUGGGGCACCCUCCCGGCUCUGCCUACCCGAAGCUGAACUUCGUGGAGGAUUCCAAAGUGGUGCUGGGGGACUCGAAGGAAGGGGCCUUCGCCUACGUCCACCACUUGACUCUGUACGACCUCGAAGCCAGGGGUUUCGUGAGGCCCUUCUGCAUGGCCUACAUCUCUGCUGACGAGCACAAAAUCAUGCAGCAGUUUCAGGAACUCUCCGCUGAGUUUUCCAAAGCCUCCGAAUGCCUCAAGACGGGGAACAGGAAAGCUUUUGCUAACGAACUGGAAAAGAAACUGAAAGAUCUCGACUACACCAGGACUGUCCUGCACAAUGAAACCGAGAUACAGAAGAAAGCCAACGACAAAGGGUAUUACACAACCCAAGCCAUCGAGAAGGCCAACGAGCUGGCCAGCGUGGAAAAGUCCAUCAUCGAGCACCAAGAUCUGCUGAAACAAAUCCGGUCGUAUCCCUAUAGGAAGCUGAAGGAGUCUGACUUCCACCCCUACGAGCCGGAGUGCGCGCCGGGUCAGGCCAACGCGGGCUGCGGUCGGGACCUGACUGCCUCCGACCCUGCCGAGCCUGGCGAAACGCACCUUUACGCCCACGUGCCGUCCUAUACCCCCAAGCUCAUCAAAGCGAAGUCUGCCAAAUGCUUUGACAAGAAGCUGAAGACGCUGGAGGAGCUCUGCGAUAUUUAUUUUUUCACCCAAACCCUUGACCAGUUGCAUCAGAUCGAGAGGACUUUCAGAGGUGAUGUGUGCUACCUCCUGACAGACCAGAUCAGCAGGGCGCUCUUAAAGCAACAAAGCGUAACCAACUUCCUCUUUGAGGAUGUAUCUUUUCUGGAUGAAAAACCACCUGAAAAACAGUACAGAGGCUGCCGGGGGCUCAGUCAAGAUGUCGUCGAUAGAAAGUGUUCGGAAGAGUCCCCUGCUCCUAAAGUGGUCAUCAGCCUGGGAGCCUACAAGUCCAGCGUGGAGUGCGUGCCCAUCAAGAUGGAGCAGGAAAUCGAGGACUCCCAAGAACCCAAAAUGACCGAGUCCGUGACGUUCGAACACCAGGAGAACCUGGACUAUCUCGAUGCAGAUAUUAAAGGCAGCAUCAGCAGCGGUGAGAGCAUCGAGGUUCUGGGAACGGAGAAGCCUGCGUCUGGCCUGACAAAAUCGGAGAGCCAGGCCAGCCUGCCCGUCAGCCCCAGCCCCCAGGCGGGCAGGAGCAAGGUGGGCAGCCGGAGGACCGUCAGCGAGGACAGCAUCGAGGUCCUCAGCACGUGUCCCUCCGAGUCGCUCAUCCCGGAAGAUUUCAAAGCGAGCUACCCAAGUGCCAUUAACGAGGAACCUUACGCGGAUGACGAAGAGGGAGGCCUUCGUUUCGCCCCCAAACUGAACCCGGACAACGCCGACGAGCAGGAAGACGUUUCAAAACAGGACAACUUAGUGCAGGUUGACUCCUCCUGUUGUAUCGGGAAGGAGAGUCCCAACUUCCUCGAGCCUCUGCCUGACCUGGGACAGAAGCCCUGCGACGAGGACGGGGUGGUCAGGAGCCCCCCGCAGCCGUACCGGCAGGCCGAGCAGGGGCUGCGCGGGAGCUUCGGGGGCUUCCCCUCCCACGACGGCAUCUCGGGGGGGUUCCUCUCCUACGAGCUUGACUCGCGCUACCUGACGGGCAGCAGGGAGGUCAGUAAGAGCAGCCUGGAUGAGUGCUCGGACUCCACGAGCUAUAUCAGCAGCGCCGCCUCCACGUGCUCCGACAGGACCCCUUCUCCUGCUCACCCCGCCUGUCAGGCGAGCGAAAGGCACAAAAAAAAGGCUGGCCAGAACGCGCUGCGGUUCAUCAGGCAGUACCCCUUCGCUCACCCCGCCAUCUACUCCCUGCUCAGCGGGAGGACCCUGAUCGUGCUGGGGGAAGAGGAAGCGAUAGUCAAGAAGCUUGUGACAGCGCUCUCCAUCUUCGUGCCGAACUGCGGCGUUUACGCCAAGCCCGUGAAGCACUGGGUCACUUCCCCCCUGCACGUCGUGGAUUUCCAGAAGUGGAAGCUGAUCGGACUCCAGAGGAUGGCGUCGCCUGCCGGGGUGAACGUGCUGCACGCCCUGAGCCGAUACAGCCGGUACGUCAGCGUUCUGGACGCCGACAGUAAGACUCUCCGCUGCCCGCUUUACAAAGGCACCUUGGUGUCCCGGCUGGCAGACCACCGCACGCAGAUCAAACGAGGAAGCACCUACUAUAUGCACGUCCAAAGUAUCCUCACCCAGCUGUGUUCAAAAGCCUUCCUCUUCACCUUCUGCCAUCAUUUGCACCUUCCCAUCAGUGAAAGGGAACCGGAGGAAUCCGUUGUGAAUCGCAGGAUGAACUUUCUGAAGCUUCAACUGGGCCUUGCCAAUGAAGAUGUCAAAAUUGUACAGUAUUUAGCUGAGCUGCUGAAGCUGCAGUACAUUCAGGAACCCGGCCAGGGGGUGAACCCUCUGCUCAGAUUUGACUACGUUCCCAGCUUUUUGUACAAAAUCUAGCCUUGCACGGGCUGUCUGCCUGCGUACUCAAGAGUCUGACAAAGCUCAUCCGUGCUUGACAUUUGAUGCUGUCUGCAGUAGCUCUCAUACGUCGGGAAGGGGCGAAGAAGCCGAUGCGUUUGCAAGCGUCUCUGCUCCACAGAAAUCGGUUGUCCGAGGGACUGGAUUUCUGUGUGGUUCCCUGUAGCCAAGAACGUAGAUGUUCCAUCACAUAAACCACCGGGCACUCUGGUUUUACAUGUUAGAAGGGGCACUAUUAACUUUUAAAGCGUAUCACGGCAGCGUCCCAGGGGGAUUAUGGCACGGAGAGAGACGCGGGCUGCCUUGGGGAUCAACACUUACUACUGUGCAGCCCCCAAAAUGACGCAGUGCUCCUCGCGCGCUUCUGCCAGAGCCCUAAAUGCUGUCGGUCCCUUCCGUGGAGCCAGGGCGGAGACCAGAGGGGAGAUGUAAAGGCCACACGAAGUUUUUUUUAAUCCACCAGUGUCUCGCGUGAGCGUAGCUCGGAAGCUCCCUGGCAGGGCGGCAGCUCCUUGCGGUUACCCGUCUGCGCGCAGCGGUAGCGGAGGGUGUCCCUUCCUGCAUUUUUCUGAGUUUCCUGGUGCUUCCCAGGACGGGUCGUCCCUGGGCGGGUGGGAGAGCAGUGGAGGCACACGUGCUUCUCUCCAGAAAGCGUUUGCCAGUUUCUCUCAGCUUUGUUAAAACCUGGAACGUGGAAGGACUUCUUAACGCCGGUGAGCACCAAGGCGCCCGCCGCUGUGAAUGUAGAGCACUGUGCCUUGUUAAUUUGACACGUCCUAUUUGCUGGGCGACCUCCGAGAAGGGUGGGAGGGAGACUGGGAAUCCUCAAAGCGUGUGAGGUCGAGGGUGGCCUUUUAAGGAGAGAGGGGAACUGAACAGGGUGGGGGGCACCCUCAUUUUUAGGUGCUUUUUGUGAGGGGGGGAUGAACAGUGCAAUUCAGCUGAAGCUACGCUGUGAGACGGCAGGCUGUUGGAGCAGGCAGCCUGGCUGGUGAGAUACUAGUGCUCAGGAGAGAUUGGGGAUGAAUGUACUGGAUUCCACGUUGUAUCCGUAAUAGUUUCUUUCUUGGUUUUUGGGUUUUGGUUUUGUGUUUUUUUUUUCCUUUUGUCGGGGAGUUGACUUUUGUGCUUUGCGGUAAAGCAGGGUCAGCGUCGCUGCAUGCUGCUUCUGGCCGAGCCUGUUGUCGUGUCUCGACUACCUCUCCCGGGGCGCUCCUGGGUAGCUCUGGACGGGGCAGAACUGCUACUCUCUGAGCCUGGGUGCCGAGGACUUUCCUUUCAAAGCUUCUGCGCCGCUGCCUGUGCCAUAAAGGUUGUGCCACCGGCGUGGUGAUGCUCCCAGGUUGUUCCCGUCAGCGCCGAAAGCUUUGUGCCCGAGCACAGCGCUUCCCUCUGGAGUCUCGUAGGAGGUGCUGCUCCUUGGCCACCGGUCCCGCUCUGUGCUCCGCUCUGUCCGCUGCCGUGUGGCGGUAGCAGCCCUCGUGGUACCUCUAAGCAAGAAAAGCCUUGCUAGGAAAGAUAGCCUUGGUUUUUAUUUCUUUUUAGCACUCCUCCGAUUAUGGGGUGAGAACAGCUGAAACCUUACAAGUUUUUCUGAUGCGUUGUUCGGUUUGGGGGUUGGUUGUUUUUUUUUUUUUCUUUUAAACCUCUGUUUAUUGUGAUGGUGUGAGGCAGUGCUGGAGACGAAUGUGAUGUUCAUGCCGCGCCCGGGGAAGUUUCUGCGUAGGGACUGGGGUUCGUCAGCGUGGUUUAGACCCCGCUGAAACUUGCUGCGAGAACCGCGCUGCUCCGAAACCCGUGUCCCGAAGGCCAGGAGGCUCCUCGGGGAGGCUGCUGUCUGGCACCAGCGUCUGCGCUUCAGUACCGCUGCCGCCUCUCCCUCUCACCUGGAAAGGUCUCGGGGGUAGCGCGGGAGGCAUAAACCGAGGGGGCAGAAAGACUGUUUUAAAUGUUAGCGUUGUUUUCUGGCGGCUUACACUGAGGCCGGCUCAGCCGGGCGAGUUGAUGCUCCGGAGGGAUUUCCAAGGUCAGGGGUUGCUUGUGGUGGUGUUUUUAGGUCGCGGUCGGGAAGCAGCGUGGCGUCGCCUUCGCUGAAGGUGAGCGGUGCGCCCGUGCGCGGGGCUGCACGCCUUUAAAGCAUGUUUAAAGGCCUUUUCCUUUCCUAACUGUGCCCUCCCGUCGCGUGUGAACUGGGUCUGCUGGUGAAAGACUUCCACGCCCCUCGAAAACGCCUGCUUUCUGAAGUGACUCGAGGCGUCCCCUUGUCGAUUCGUGCGCGCCUGAACGGCUUCCACGCUACAGCUGAGGCGAGGUUCCUCGGGGGAAGAGGCAUCUCGGUCAACGAGUAACGCAGGCGACACCGGGCAGACGAAAGCUCCCUGCGUCCUGCCCGGCGCGCGGCUCUGGGGAAGCGCUGGGCAGGGGAGCUUGUUUGCUGCUGGAAAACGACCUGAUGCUGUUUGGGUUUGAGGAGGGAGGGAGGAACUUUUUUUUUCCUCCGCUGACUCACCCACGUCUUCCUCCAGGCUGACAGCGCAGAGCGGCGGAGCGGGAUCGAUGGUUAGCGUCGGCUGAUCGUAGUCACAGUGGUCUCUACCUGUGGUGUUCAGCUGCACCCAUAAAUUGAUAAAUAACUCGCUUCUCGUCGCUCCCUCUGUCAAACCUGUAGCGUCUGAUGUUUGAGGCUGUGUUGAGCAAUACUUGCACUACCCCCCACCCGACCUGCUUCGUCUCUCCCCCACAAAACAGCUCUGAUUUGGGAGGGUGCCCUGGGGGCUUUGCUGGGACCCGUCACCGCUGUUUGGAAACCGGAGCUCUGCGCUAUCUGCGACUCGGCUAUUGAGCAGGAGCUGUGGGGAAACGCACCUUGGAGUGCUUGUCCUCCUAAAGCUGGCUCGCGGCAGGGUAACCUCUGAGCUCGGGCUCCAGGAAAGGGGGAGUUACCUCGGGCUGUGGCACCUCGCUGCAGCCGGGGCCCAGCCUGCCCUCGCUGCUUGU